GAGUUAUAGACUGGUCAGCGGGGAGGAAUGUGAGAGGUGUGGAGUGGCGGUGUGGUGCAGAGCUCUGCUGCUCCUCUCUAGAUAACACUAAGCCAAGCUCACAGUUCACCGCCUCGAUACCACCAAAUUGUUUAAUAUUUUGUGUGACAGAAGCCUCACAAGACCUGCAGGCAGCCUCAAAGAAGCCUUUUCUUGGCACUGCAUCAGAAGGGCUGAAGUAGCCCCUAAACGUGAAUGCCAGCUGUUGAAACACUUAGUAUUAAGAAGAGGAAAGAAACUGAAAGAAAUUAAGGUGACGAAAGAAAGAUAUUAAAGUACUACUAUACAAGAAUUCUUCACCCAGUACUCUCUUAACUCUACAAAUCAGUUCGUUAAUUUGGCAACACUUAAGAGUUGACACCAAUUGACAACACUUGAGCCUAAAGGUGACCGUCACCAGUGACGCCGCAACACUACACAAAUAAUCGUGACUUAAUCUGCAAGACAUUAAUUAUGGGUCAGAACAGAAAGAAAGGACCAGCACUAUCCAAAGAGGAGCUGCGUAUGCUCACUGUGGGAGAGAUUGUGCAAGAGUUAAUAAAAGCACAAAAGGAGCAACGCGAUAUUAACCUCAACAAGCUGAAGACCCGUAUAUCAUCAAAAUAUGGGCUUCAGUCUUCACCAAGACUUGUGGACAUUAUAGCUGCAGUACCACAACAUCAUAAAAAAGUUCUUCUCCCUAAACUUCGUGCAAAGCCUGUUCGCACUGCUUCUGGGAUUGCAGUUGUAGCAGUGAUGUGCAAGCCCCAUCGGUGCCCCCACAUCAAUAUGACUGGCAACAUCUGUGUCUACUGCCCUGGUGGUCCAGAUUCUGACUUUGAAUACUCAACACAGAGCUAUACGGGUUAUGAACCUACAUCGAUGAGAGCUAUAAGGGCACGAUACAACCCAUACCUACAGACCAGACACAGAGUGGAACAGCUGCAGCAGUUAGGUCACAAUGUUGACAAAGUGGAGUUCAUUGUAAUGGGUGGAACGUUCAUGGCUCUCCCAGAGGACUACAGAGAUUAUUUCAUCAGAAACCUACAUGAUGCCCUCUCUGGGCACUCCUCCACAAAUAUUGCUGAAGCUGUCAAGUACUCGGAACACAGCAACACUAAAUGCAUAGGCAUUACAAUUGAAACCCGUCCUGACUAUUGCUUGAAACGUCAUCUCUCUGAUAUGUUAAAGUAUGGUUGCACAAGACUAGAAAUUGGUGUCCAGUCUGUGUAUGAAGAUGUUGCCAGGGAUACAAAUAGAGGCCACACUGUGAGGGCAGUGAGUGAGAGUUUCCAUUAUUCAAAAGAUGCUGGAUUUAAAGUGGUCUCUCACAUGAUGCCUGACUUGCCAAAUGUUGACUAUGAAAGAGAUGUGGAGCAGUUUAUUGAAUUUUUUGAAAAUCCAGCUUUCAGACCAGACGGCCUGAAAAUCUACCCGACCUUGGUAAUUCGUGGCACAGGUUUAUAUGAACUGUGGAAGACUGGACGGUACAAAAGCUACCCUCCAAAUACUCUAGUUGAUUUGGUGGCUACAAUACUCUCACUUGUCCCUCCCUGGGUGCGUGUGUAUAGAGUACAGAGGGAUAUUCCCAUGCCGCUGGUAAGUUCUGGUGUAGAACAUGGAAACCUAAGGGAGCUUGCUUUGGCACGUAUGAAAGAUUUGGGUACAGAGUGCAGAGAUGUACGAACUCGGGAAGUUGGUAUUCAAGAAAUCCACCACAAAGUUCGCCCAUAUGAGGUGGAGCUGAUCAGACGUGAUUAUGUAGCAAACGGAGGUUGGGAAACAUUUCUCUCUUAUGAAGACCCAGAGCAAGACAUCUUGGUUGGCCUACUUCGCCUAAGAAAAUGCUCGGACCAAACCUUCAGGCCAGAGUUGGUGGGUGGAGUGUCGAUAGUACGUGAACUUCACGUGUACGGUUCGGUAGUUCCAGUGAGUUCUCGUGACCCAACCAAAUUUCAGCAUCAGGGCUUUGGCAUGUUACUGAUGGAAGAAGCUGAGAGGAUUGCUAAGGAAGAGCAUGGAUCUCAUAAGAUUUCUGUAAUCUCAGGCGUUGGUACUCGUAAUUAUUAUAGAAAGCUUGGGUAUGAACUUGAGGGGCCAUAUAUGUCUAAAUCUCUUAUCUGCUAAUACAGUAUACAAAGUAUUCUCAUUCGUGUGAUUAAAACAUUUAUACCUCUAUGGGAUGAAUUGCAUUCUGCAAAAGAAGUGGUUUGAAAGCAGAAUUGUUAAUACAGAAAACUUCCUUAGCUGUGGUAUAAUAAAAAUGGAAUAUGAACAUACAGAUUUUUUACAGUACCUAGAAGAUAUUAAUUACUAUUACUCAAUAAUAAAGAUAUGGUAUAACUUGUCAGAGGUGUGUUAUCAAUUGCUGUUAGUUCUAACAAAAAUUCUACUUAUGAUAUAUAACUGAAGUUUUCAUUUGUUGCUUACAAUUAAAGAUAACAUUUUAAUUUAAGUUGAUAAAUUAGACUAAAUACAUUUUGAUAAUGAAUAACUACAAGUUAUCCAUUGUUUUAUUUUGUAAAGUUAAUUUUGUUUGUGUUAAAAAAAACAGCAUUUUCAAUGCAGACUUGAAAUAUUUUAAAGGUGUAAUUUCAUAAGGAUUCACAAUGGUUCCAUGGCAAAAUAUAUACACUUUAUAUACAAAAUAUAUACACUAUACAAAAUAUAUACAAAUGCACUUUCCUAAGGUUUAAAAUUACAGUAGAGUACAGUAUUUGUAACCUCUCUUCUAUUUACGACCGAGCCACCUUUUAUAUUAUGUUCUUCAUUGCUAGGGGUUUGUAUUUCUGGAUGGGUUUACUUGUAAACCUGCCCCCUAAUUGAGUGUGUGCUGAUUUAAUCACACAUUAUAAAUCUAAAUCUUAGACAAACUCGCAUUUAUUAUAUUAUUUUAGAACAAUAAAUAUUACUACAGCACAUGA